CAGUUAUCCCGCCCUUACUCCUAACCCUGCCGCUACACCUCACGUUUUCUUUCAUUGGGCUCUGACUGCUCCUUCCAUUCUACAAUCGGCCACUUUAGGAUGAAGAAACGAAGCUUUUCUCUUCAAUUAUUGGCUCUGGAAGACAAAGCUCUGGAUCCUCCUUCGUCAUUGUACAAUCGGCUACUACCGGGUGAAGGAACAAAGCUUUUGUUUUCUAAUCCGAGAAUUCUAGAAGUAGGCUCCUGCAAUUUCUCUUCUGGGCUAUGGAAAACAAAGGCAGUGGCAGAACUAAGGAGGCGAGCCCGGUGCAGGCGCUCUCAUUCCCUAAUAAUGAAUGAAUGUAUGAUGUGUAUAGCUUACAGCUCCGGGCAUUGUGAGUAUGAGAAUAUAUAUAUAUAUAUAUAUAUAUAUAUAUAUAUAUAUAUAUAUAUAUUGCAGCUUGCUAAAGAGUUAAAAAAAACUUUCAGUUGAGGUGUCUGUUCAUCUGGAGCUAAAUAUCAUGAUAGAGUAGUCUAAUGAUAGAUUAAUCAUUUAAUCUAAGACUUUAUAAUGUUUAGAACUUUGGAUCAACUUUUCUAAUCUUAAUUACACUGGUUUGAAUGUUGUCUGCCUAUAUUCCCUUGGAAACUACAGACACUAGUUUGAAUAUUGAUUGUCUAUAUUGUGCUGGUUUGAAUAUCGACUAUCUAUCAUUAUUGAGUUUCCCUUUUCAAUGAUGUUCAUUAGUAGAAGUACAUCAUGAUUAGAUAGUAAAUGUUAUAUUCUAAUAAUAGUUAAAAGAUAUGUUAACAAGCUAUCAGCAGUUGGAUAUAUAAUUAUCAGUAGUUAGGAUAUAGCUUGUUAACUUAGCUAGGACCCGAAUUAAGUUAAAAACUUAAAAUUAUAAUCAGUAGUUAGGAUAUAGUUAGGAUUUGUACUAACAAACAGGAGUAUAUAUUGAUUCCUCCUACAUAUAACUAUACACUAACAAGUUAUUGUUUGUAGCAUUGUUAAGCAGUUUUGCAGUAUCAGUUCUCUUUAGAUGAGCAGGUCAAUAGUUAAGCAGUUCACUUUGAGUUGUUGUUUUUUUAUUAAAAAAAAUUAUAAAUGUCUGUUCAGGAGGAAUCAAGAAGCUCAGCUACCAGAGUAAUUUAUCACAUUUUAUGUUAGAGAUGAAGUGCAAUAAAAUGUCAAAAGUAAUAUGCAGCAGUAUGGGCAGAAAGGCUAUUCAUAAAGGCUUUUCUGCAUGAUUACACUCUUAAACACAUAACCUUUAAAUAAGUAUCUUCAAAUAUGGUUGGCCUAGAUUAACUUGCUUCCUGAUUUUCUAACUACCAUUUGCAACUACAUUAGGUCACAUAACCAUUAAUCAUACUUGUUAUUCUCUCUGUUAUGCAAACAUUGUUUGAUAUUGAUUUGAAGAAUGCAAAUGUCAAAAAGGCUAUUGAUAGGAAAAUGCAAAGGGAAAGCCUCAUGAGGGUGUUAGCUAAGUAGAUUGGGAAUAUCUAUGUAAUUCCUGGAGCAACCCUCUCCAUAUCUGCAUGUUUCAGGUUAUGGGCUUUGGGAAUUGAACUUUAUAGAACUUGCAGAUGCCUUAUGAUAGCGAGGUUGAGGUCACAAGUUGAUAAAGCUCUUAAAAAUGUUGAGUCACGCAAAGAAAAUGGAAUUCUAGAAAUGGUUCAUAAAGUAUGGCACGUCAUCACAUUAGUCAUGGAUUCAAAUUGGAUGCUCCCAUUGGAUAUAUUGAGACAUGGCGCCUCCGUCACUGGCAUUCAAAACGUGGUUGAGUUUCUGCGAAAGCGAAAUCUAAAUAAGAAGAAAUGAUGCAGUUGAGAAGAAAAAAUCACCUGAACAAAUGACUGAUAAGCAAAUUUUAGAGAAUGUGCUUGGACGGGAAUCCGGUCGUUUGUUUGGUUGGGGACGGUCUCCUUUUGGUGCAUAAAAAAGAAGUUAAGAUGAUUCAAAUCUUUCUAUGUAUAGUGAAUUGCUUAAUCGUGUUGAAAUGAUGGGGAAAAUGUUGAUAGAAGAACAUUAUUCAGCACAUGCCACAUGUUUCAUCAGAUCAUUGUUCCGGUGCACUCAAUCGCAGCUCAUCUUUUAUUGGACGAGCUCCACAAUAUGAUGGUUCUGGAUUCCACUUCUGAAUUUUAUGAGAAGAAAUUACUUUUACAUUAGUCUAAGUAUGCAUUUUAAUGCUUGACUUUGUUAGAAUAUAAAAUUUGACGUUGAAGGAUUGAUUUUGAUUUUGUUGCCAAAUUGUGGGCAACUUUGACAUUAAUGUCGUUCAAUUUUAAAUUAUAACAUAUUGUAUUAUUUUAUAAUUAAAUUCAUUAGUCAUAAUGAUAAAUUGAGAAUAACAAUUUACCC